AUGGUCAUUCAAGCUCGAGAAAAACACGAGGCGCAGACUUCGAACGACGACGGCAGCUUUGGUGGCACAAGUUCUGGACGUCAACGUUCUACGAUCACACCAAGUGCAAGUGGCGUGUGA